CCGUCUCCCCCUUCUUGGUACCGAAGAAGAGAAGACCACUCGAAUAUCCUCUCUACUGUCAUGGGUUCCGUUAGUUGGUGCGCCACUCUUGUGUUUCGUGUUGUCUUAUGUGAAUAAUACAUAGGUAUAUCUUGAUUACACCUGUUCAAAUAUGUUACUUAUUUAAAAGCGAAAUAACAGAAAAUUUAUAGAAAGAAAAACAGAGAGAAGUUUUUCCAUUGAGGGGCUGUUAGUGAAGAGUGUUUUGAACUAUACCAGAAUUGUUUGCGGAUGUGGACAAUCGAAUACCUGAUACCUGCUAAUGAUGACCUAAAUUUUGAUGGGAGUUGAAGAACUAGGUGGAUCACGGACAGUGGUUAAGUGCGGUCAACGAAAAAAUAUGAUUUAUUUCGCAGUGCAGUGAGAGAUAUUUUUCAAUAAGUGAAAAACGUAGCUAGGGACUUUAAAAAAAUUUCUUAUUCAAAUAUAAUGAGAUGUGAUGUGAAAAAACUCGAUACCAUGUUUCAUAUUAAUAGAAUGUCUAUCUGGAAAUCACUGGUGUUGACGACCCUAACAAUCGCCCUGGUUCAAGGUGAUGAUCAGAUGAAUUCCAACUCGUAUAUUUCGCCAAAAUCAUCGUCACAGCCUGAUUUGGAUUAUCACCACACUCAGGAUAGAACGACAGAUCACAAUCACUUGAGUACGGUUUCAAAAGAAUCAGUGUUAUCUGAAAUAGUGAUUGAUGAAGUGAAGCCUUCAUCAGUGCAGUACCAGAGAUUUCAGAGAUCUGCGGAUCCUAUAUUGUCAAAAACCAGCGAUGGAGAGAAGUAUAUCAUGUACAAAAAUAUAGAGGAAGCUUUAGAUAGCAACGAUGUUGAAUUGUCUGGAAGACAUAUAGAUAUUUCUCCUUCGAAAACGGAAAAUUAUUUGAUCGAAAACAUCCAAUCCUCCACAACUGAAUCGUUUUCGGGGGAAGAGAAAAGGGCUCCUCACGGGAGAUCACUGGAGGAGCCCCAACCCAUAACCCCCACUGCGACGAUGUCUCAUCAGAGUACUGCUUCCCUCUACAGCCAUCCGGGUAAAGCAAGACAGGUGAACCCAGAUAUACAGGAUAUCAUCACAGGAAUUGUGAAACUAUUGAAUGGAAAUGUGAACGUACAAGCGAACACUGUUCCAUCCAUGGGGCGGCCGUUAAGACCCUUAUCUUCAAGAAUUAACAACAGGGGUCCACCAAGAAUCAGUGACUUGCCCGCACUUCCUCCAGAUUUUGAUGUACCAGCACCUCCACUUCCUCCACCUCCUUUAGGCCAGAUGCCACCUCCUGCCCCUUCAAUGUCUUCGAAUAGAUUACCCACUCCUUAUCCUUUUGAUAUACCCCCACCUUCUUCUUCCCCUGUUAGACCGUACGGUGAGCAGAUGACAGGAAAUAAGAGACCUGGCAUUUACAGACCUACCAUUAUCCCCCCAUGGAACAAUAGGUUGCCACAAAGGAGGCCUGGUGCUGGAAAUAGACGACCAAGUCCAAUUCCUGCUUACAAACCUCUUCCUUCCGACUAUAUCAGUUUGACCACAGAUAAACCAAUGGAAGACAUCUUCAACUUAGAUCUCGGAUCGCAUUUGGGAAAUGAAGAAGAAGUAUCUGAGGAGAAUGUCACUCAUAAGAGUCCUGGAGAAAAUAUGACAACCGAAGCGGAGCUUCCUGAAGUUACAACAAACGUUAUUUUGGAAGGUUCAGAAACACUAGAUCGUGAAACUAUGGAAUUUGAGAAGAACAAAGAAAAAAUAACGAAAAAGGAUAAAUAUUCUGCAAAGACAACUUCAGUUACACCAACCGUUCCAUUACCAGACUCAACAGCAAUUAGUACAGUUACAACUUCUAGUCAAUACAACUCUAGUUCAACUGAAACUACCACCGAUUUGGAACAAGAAACCUAUAACAAUACCUCCGCAGAAUUGCCGGCGAACAAUCAGUCUUUGGAAAUUAAGGAUGUGUCUGCUACAACAACUGCAGAUAUCCCAAUAGCAAUAACUCCUACGAUGAAUCAGACUUCUUUGAGUUCGAUCGAAAGCAACACUGAAAUGAGAAUCUCCCCGGUUUUGGAAUCCUCUGUCUCUGAAGUACUUCAAUCAUCCCAAGGUGGUAUAGUGGAAAAUACGAGUAGUGUGAAGACUCCAACCUCAGAAUUGUUGUCUAUUGCAUCAACUUCAGCAGAUGGUUCUUCCCGGAGUAAUUCUACCAUCGUUCACUCAUCUUCCAAUCAUUCUCAGCAAGGAUAUUCCUAUUAUCCUUACAGACCAAGGCCAGGAAUAGUAUUAGAUGAUACUGAAUAUAAACCAGGAGUACACAGACAGCCUAUAAUUACAAGACCACCAAUUGGACAAUUAGGAGAUAUUUUUGAUAUAACUGUAUCGGCAAUACAAGGACCAGGAGGUAGUUCGAAUGGACAGGGAAAACCAUACGUAAUUCCAGUCGACAUAGAAAACGUUCAUGUUGGGCAAGAUGUCAUCACUAGUCCGGAAGGAGAUAAUGGAUUUGUGUCGAUCGACGGAAAGAGAACAUACCUCAAUCUGUUUGGAGAGGUAGAGGCCACGAAAUCACCUACGCAAAAUAUCAAACCAAAUGGCGCAUCUCAUAAUCAAGUGACAGGAACUGGUUAUGCUGUAGCUGAACCAGUCGAGAAAAAACCUAGUAUCGCCUCCAUCAAACCUACGCAGAGUCAAAGGAGGCCGCUUUAUGGUAGACCAAAACCAACUCAUCCACCUGUGAGAAUAGAUACCUGCAUCGUUGGUGACGACUCAACUUGCGACGUAUCGCAACACGAAAUGUGUUUGACCGAAAGUGGUGUCAGCGCUUGUCACUGCAGACCUGGUUUCACUCGUAGAAAACAUAGGGACGUUUGUAGGAAAAUAGUUUCAGUGCUACUUUCACUGAGAGUGGAUAGACUUUAUGACAGAAGAAUAGUUUGGGCAAAUGAACUGAGCGAUAAAAAUAGUGACAGUUACCAACAGCUGGCCUAUGAAGCUGAAAGAGCGCUUGAGUCAGCAAUGUCUAUGACUCCCUUCAGUGACGAGUUCUUAGGGACCAAAGUCAAUGGUAUUUAUAGCGGAGAAAGAUCUGCUGGACAAGCUGGAGUGUUUGUCAAUCUUACCCUUCAGUUGGAAGAAAAUCCUGAUACGUCUAGGCCAACGGUUAGAGGCGAUAUACAGAAGCAUCUUCUUGGAGUUAUACAGAGAAGGAGUAACAAUGUUGGCAACAGUGCGUUGUGGGUGGAUAGUCCCCCAGGAUCCGUAUCGAAUCUUCAAGAUUUGGAUGAAUGUUCUUCAGCGGAACUGCACGAUUGUCACCAGUUAGCAAAAUGUAUAAAUAUUUUUGGUGGAUUCAAGUGUGAAUGUGAAGAAGGUUAUAGAGACCAAUACUUAGAUAGUAAAUACAGAGCAGGACGACAUUGUGAGCAAUGCCCAAGCCAAUAUUGUAACAACAGAGGAGAAUGCAAAUAUCAAAAUGGCCAAGAAGUAUGCAUGUGUUCUGGAAAUUAUUAUGGAAAUCAAUGUGAACUUGAUGGUGAAGUUCUCGGCGUCGCUAUUGGUGCAAGUGUGGCCGCCAUCAUUAUUAUCGGUUUAACGUUGGUAGCUCUUGUGAUGUGGAGUCGUAAGUGGCAGAGAGAACAGAAGGCAUCGGUGGGAAGUCCAGUGUUUGGAUACAUGGCAGCUGCAAGCAACACGGUCAAAGCGCCUAUAGUCGGAGGGCCUCCAUAUCAAUUGACCCUAGAGGAUAGACUUCGAUGGGCUCAACUUGCAGAUGUAAUGGCUCAAGCUAAUCAUUACGCACCUGAGCCGGUUGCCCCAACAAGACCAUCAUCUGCACUAUUCGGGUACCCGAGCCUUGGUUCAGUUCAGAGGAACUCCAUGCAUGGCACGCUUCCCCCAGUGCCCUUGCCACGCCUCACGUUACAAGCCCAAAUUGCUAGCAGAGCGGCAAGUUUGCACGGCAUGAAGCAGUUUGAAAAUUCCAGUUCUAGUGAAGAGGAGGACAAGGUGGAUCUGUUGGGUAGAAGUUUUCAAGUUCCUAGACCAAAGAGCAGGAGUAAUGCUUCUAUUGCUAAUCAGAGUGGCAUCUACUAUGACGUUGACUAUGACCAAAAUGAUAUAUACAAACAAGGUGGCGGGAUUCCAAUGAGCACCUACAGCAUGGGGCGACCUGCCUAUUUCAGGAACUGAGGUACACAUGGAGACAAUGUGAUAAAUAAAAGAAAAAUAUGGACUGAUUCAUUGAAUGUGUGAAGUGACUUAGUCUAAGAAAAAAUAUUGACUGUACAUUUUCUUAUUUAUAUUUUUUGUAAACUUAAUUUUAAACAUCUAUACAGACUAUAUCUUUGUCAUUUUAUUGCGAUAUCAAAUAAAACAAUUGAAAA